CAUCCGGUCAAAUCCACAUCUCCACAGAGCGCGAGCGCCGGCCACCCAUGGCCACCGCCACCGCCUCCACCACCAUGACCCUCCUCCUCCCCACCUCGCCGCCGCCAAUGCUGCCGCCAACGCGCGCGCGCCCGGCCCCGGCAAGAAGGAGCAGGCCCCUCCCCCGCGUGGCGUGCGCCUACGCGCUGCGGGAGGGCCAGUCGCGGCGCUUCCACCGCCUGCCCUGCGGCCUCGACCUCGAGGUCGUCGCCCAGCAGCCGCCCCCGGCCCCGGCCCCGCGCGACGCGCGGCCGCCGCUCGUAUUCGUGCACGGGAGCUUCCACGCGGCCUGGUGCUGGGCGGAGCACUGGCUCCCCUUCUUCUCCCGCGCCGGCUUCCCCUGCUACGCGCUCAGCCUCCGCGCCCAGGGUGAAAGUAGCAUUCCGUCAGAAAAGGUGGCUGGCACACUCGAGACACAUACUGGUGAUAUUGCUGAUUUCAUCCGGAAGGAGAUCUCCUUGCCGCCUGUAUUAAUUGGACAUUCAUUUGGAGGGUUGAUUGUGCAGCAGUAUAUAUCUUGUUUGCAAGAACUUCUGCAUCCAAGUCUUGCUGGUGCUGUUCUGAUAUGCUCUGUGCCUCCUUCAGGGAACAGUGGGUUGGUAUGGCGGUACCUUUUGACCAAACCAGUUGCUGCUGUUAAGGUUACACUCAGCUUGGCUGCAAAACAAUAUGCAAAUUCGUUGUCCCUCUGUAAGGAAACAUUUUUCUCACCAGAGAUGGAUGAUGAGCUUGUCCAAAGGUACCAAGGGCUAAUGAAGGACAGCUCAAAGUUGCCACUGUUUGACCUAAGGAAGCUGAAUGCAUCAUUGCCUGUAACUUCUGUGCCAGACAAGACAGUAGACAUUCUUGUUGUCGGCGCAAGCAACGACUUCAUAGUUGAUGCUGAAGGGCUUGCAGAAACUGCAAAAUUUUACAAUGUGCAACCAGUCUCUGUCGAAGGGAUAGCUCAUGACAUGAUGCUAGAUUUCUCUUGGGAUAAAGGAGCUGGAAUAAUCUUGUCGUGGUUGGAGAAACUCACACCAUGAUAAAUCUAUUAUUGUUCUUUCUGAUACCUGCCUGUACAUUUUGUAGCCCUUUGUUCAUUGUAUUGUAGAAUUUUCUGUUGCUAGGCAGUUUAGUUAGUGCUCUUCAGUUGUUUUUGUAUUAUUGUUUGAUUGAACAAAAAUUAAGCAUGUUUAGUGCACGAUAUUGCAAAUAGUA